AUGACGACCGACGCAAUCUGUACCAAGAAGUGGGCCGGUGGUGGUGAUACGCGCGACAUGUCGAAUGGUGGUGACGGCGCAGCAGGUGCAGUUUGCGCGUGUCGCCGUCGCCGUUGUCGGACCGAGUCGUCGUCGUCGUCGUCGUCGUCGUCGUUUUCGUUACCCUCGCCGUCCGUGCUGGCCGUGUGGACGACGGCGUUCGUGUUGGCCGCGAUCGUAGGAGCGGGCGGCGGGGCGGAAGCGCUGCACGCGGCCACGGCCAUCUCGACGGCCGGCGGCGCGGCGGCAGCAGCUGCGGCGGCGGUGGCUGGCCGGAUGGCGCCGUGCGCACACCUGGGCGACGAGACCAACGACGUGUCGGCCCGGGCUUACGCGUCCGACGUGGUGUUCGAGGGCAAGGUCCGGUCUAAGGGCCCCAUACGACCCGGCGACGGUACGUACGGCGUCACGUUCGUGGUGCAGCGCGUGCACAAAGACGCCAUGCAGGCGGUCACGUACGAGGGACUGCGGGUCGGCAGCCCCGUGCGGCUCAACUUUCGCGAGAAGCGCGGCGACCGCGACCCGCCGCAGCGGAGGCCGCCGCUCCAGCGCCGGGCGGACGCGCAGUGCGUGCAGCGGUUCGCGCCGGCCGCCGGCGGUCAGACCGUAGAGGCCAACAUCAAACGCGGAGCCAAGUACCUGGUGUUCGUGGCCGGCGUCGGGCCGCACAACCUAUCCGUGCUCGGCGAACCCGUUCUCCGGACGCCCAAGAACGUAGACGCCGUGCAAAAGGUGCUGUGCAGGGACUGCGUUCAGCCAAUCGGCGUGUGGGGACUUCAUAACACAACGUUAAAAGUCAAAAGCGCUUUGAAAUUGAUGUGCAGAGCCAAAGGCAACCCGAUGCCCGCUCUACAGUGGUUCAAAGACGGCGUGCCGAUUUUGGUGGGCAGGCGAAGGAUUCAAUACAAAAAGAAAAGAUCCAUGCUUGUGAUACCAAAGGUGAGGCCAGAAGACGGAGGCAAGUAUGAGUGCAGAGGUACCGGAGUCCAAACUGGCCAUGUGGCUAUUACGUCGGCCCAAGUCAUAGUUAAUUCCAAACCGGACAAUACGACAGCCCUGUGGCCGUUGGUCGGCGGUCCCUGUCCAGCAGAUCUCGUAUAUUGUCUGAACGGGGGCACUUGUACGUUCUACGAAACCAUCGGAGAGCUCGUUUGCCAGUGCGCUGAAGGCUUCAAAGGUCAACGGUGUGAGAACAAAGACAUUGUUAACAAAAGCACCAACGAUCAACCGCUGCAUUAUGUUUUAUUUUCGCUUUUUACCCCUUUUUCGGAAGUGGCGGGUGAAUGAUGUGUAAAAUAACUAUUUAUCCCAACAAUUGUUACGUACAUUUUACACAUGAACUGGACGAGUCAUUUGAAUCGCUCCCAAACACAAGAAAGUUUGAUCGUAUACAGUACACGGUGGGGGUGUGGAUUUUUGUUUGCAGAUUCAAAACAAAAAAAGAAACAAAACACCAUUAGAAACGAUACAAAUAAUUUCGGAUAGAGACGCGUCGAAACAAUACUAUUACAUCGAUGUAACUGAACAUUGGACAGCGGCACUAACCCGAGCACAUUCUACAACAAACACGGAUAGAUGAAUACAAUAUAUAAUUCUUUAAAAAAUUUUUUUCUCAACAAUUUUUUUUAUACAUUCAUACAUAAUAAAAUGUUUUAUACAAAACGAAGCUUUAUAUUAGAUAGAUACCUAUGUAUAUUAUUAUACAUAAAUAUAUAUAUAAUAUAAUAAUGUGCAACCCAAAUUUAUUGCUACCCCUGCAGGUUUUCAUCGCUAUAUAAUAUAAAACUAAUAUACCAUAUUAUAUAAUAGCUGCAUAUUAGUCCUUAAAGUUAUAGCUAAUUUAUGAAAUUAUACAAUAGAAUAAAUACAUUUUUAACUUAAUAAAUAACAUAUAAGGGCUAUUUAGACUUGUUAACUUUUUAAAUUGUAAGUUAUUUUAUUUGUUUUGUUUACAUAUUAUAUAUAAAUGUCAUAUUCAUUUAGUGA